AUGACGUGUGUCAUUGAACUUUUCCCAUUUGCUUGCCGGGCCAAUGCAGUCGCGUUCAUUCCUGCCAACCAGGCACGGCUGCCGGCUGCCGGUUUAGUGAACCCUGAAGAAACCGACCAAGUUUCGACAGAUCUUCUUAGCGAGUUUGCAUCUCUGACUUUAGCGAAGCCAAGAUGGGUGACUUCACCACGUGAGCGCUCCAACUGCCGCUCAGGAAACUGUGCGGCCACUGCAGACAAACCUCCAGGUGAUGGCUUGUCGGGCCGCAAGCGACCGCAUGUUUACCUGAAAGAAAUGCCGUGCACAGGCGGGCAUACUUUCGGACUCUAUAUAUUCCCAUACAAAUUUGCCACUACUGACGAUGGCGCAAAUACCUUCAAAGGACAGGAGCAGCAGGGAACUUCAGCGAUGACCGAAGAUGCCACUAGGCAGGCAACUCCGCGAGCGGAUCCGGCACCAGACCAGUCAAGCACUGACCACGAAGUGGCGGGUGACUCCGGGACAUAUUUCGUUUUUCAAUUGCCCACCAGAAUUUCUAGUUUCCGCAUUACCUCCUUUUCUGAACUUGGGAAAUAUGGCUGUUGCCCAGGUUUCUACCUCAAGCUUUCUCUAACACUCGCCUCACGACUAUGCCCGCUGACGAUGAUUUCGGAACAGAAUGAAGUGAAGCUCCUCCGGUAUCUCAAGCCGUUCCGGCUGCAAUGCAAGCGGUGCAAGAAGACCAUGGCAAGCGUCGCAACUCCUGAUGUACUCGCACUGCCAUCGACUCUGUGGACAGAGAUGAGCGAGGCUGUGGCUUGUGAAGAAUGUUCACCAGUGCCAGUCACAAAAGCGGCCCUUCUUGCAAAGCCGAACCGAAUAUGCGUUGGAACCGAUCACAUUGCUUUGUCGCCGGUUGAUAUUGAUGCAGAGACUGUUCGGAUCAACCGAGAUAAAAUUUUUUGCAACUCUUGUGGCUCGACGGUUGGUUACCCCACAAGGACGUCCGCGUUCCGCAAAAGCAGAACUGAAGCUGAAAACCAUCUGCACUGUAUACACCAACAUGAAGUGGAUCAUGCUGACUCGUCAGGCACAUCUUGCCUCUCAGGCAAAUCACAGGGAUCGGCUGAAAGUUGUGAACUGGCAGAAGCUUGCUUCCUCAAACACAAGGUGUAUGUGCAGCAGCUCCGCCCAAAAAAAGCUUUUUCAGAUGUAUUUUGGCGUCACACUGAAGUAUGUCUGAUCGCGGGAAGCAUAGAACGUCUUUGUAAGAAAGCCGGUAUCCACAAAUUUCUUGUGGAGAGAGAUAAGGGUGAGGAAGACAAAGCAAAAGAUACAGGGUCGUGUUGCUCCAGCGAAAUGUCCAAGAUCGCCUCCCUGGAGUUGACCAUCGUUGUCAGGGAGUUCUUCCCCCUCGUCAUCGAGGAAGCUCAGGUUACCGACCGCGCUGCAUCAGAGGCGCUGGGAUACGCGCCUUUCCAACAGUUUCAGCGGGCCAUGAAAGUGCUAUUUCGGGCAAUUGUGUCACCUCAAGCCAGGACUGACUCAACAUCGCACAGUCUGAAGCUUCCAAGUAUACCAUUUGAAGAAUUGCUCGAUGAGCUGCGCCGUAACGCGAGACUAUACGAAACCUCACCAGUGAAGAUAUCCUUGUCGACAGAACACACAGUUUCCUAUCUUCCACUUCCUCCGGCCUCACCCCUGUGA